UCAAGGAGAAGAUGAAUGAGAGAGGAGGAGAUGCUAAUGGAAAAGGAGCUGUACCUGAGAAGACAAGUGAGCCGCCGCCAUUAAAAGUUGAAGCUUUGGAUGGCUCCAACUAUGAGGAAUGGAGCGGGCGGAUGAGGAGUGCCUUCAAACGCUACAAGCUGCUGAAGAUUGCUGUUGGGGAGGAGAAGAUGCCGGAAGAAGGCGAAGCACAUGAACGGUGGAUUGAGAAAAGCGCGGUGCUUUUCGACCUCAUCCUUCAAUCGAUCAACAAGGAGAUGUUCGAGCACAUCAAGGAUCUUCUGGAAGCAGAUGAUUCGGGUCCAAGGGCGUGGAAACUACUACGCGAUGUGAUUCAGUCCAACACUCUCCCGAUGGUGAUCGUGCUCGAGAAGGAAAUUGCUGCCAUCUCCAUGCGACCAGGGGACGAUGUGAAGCCGAUCCUUGACAAGAUCAAGGACACAGGAAGAGGGGGUUGGAGAGGCCGAGGCCAUGGGAGGAGCUUUGGCAGAGGUAGAGGCCGAGGUGACUAUAAUGAGGGGCAUGGGAGCUCUAGUGGCAGGGGGAGUACCAGAAUGGAGGGCACUUGCUGGUACUGCAAGAAGGAGAUGUCUGGGGUGACUGAGGAAGGGGGAGCAGCUGAAGUAGAGCAGCAGCAGCAGCAGCAGCAUGAGUCUCCACCUCGAGUUCCACACCCGCCUGAGCGACCUAGGAGGGAUGUGCGCCCUCCGGUGAGGCUGACCUAUGGGGGAAGAGGCAAGCCGAAUGUGGUGCAGGCUUGCAGAGCAGAUGCUGGAGAUGCAGUUCAAGUGUUCCAAGAUGGGUGAGGUAUUUUUGAUGAUAGAUCUUGAGAAGAUCUUUCCGACGCAACAAGAAUCGCUUCAAUCGGAGCAAGAACGCGAAAGCUAUGAAGAUUCAAAGUUCAUGAGCUUGCGUUACAAUUGCGGCGGUUACAAAGUGAAGUUGUGGGGUGACUCUAUACGGAGUUGGGACCUUUGGGGUUGGGGAAAUUUGUCACUCUACUGUAACAGCUGCAAAUUGGUUGGGAACAACCAAGCUAGGUUGGCAAGGGUGGCCAACUUGGAUAGAUU